GGCUGGCCCUGCGGGGCUCUCGGGGCCCCCGGCUCCCUGCCCUGUCAUGGGGCUGGCCCUGAGGGGCUCACUGGGCCCCUGGCUCCCUGCCCUGUCACUGGACCGGCCCUGCGUGGCUCACGGGGCCCCCAGCUCCCUGCCCUGUCACUGGGCCGGCCCUGCGGGGCUCUCAGGGCCAGUCCCCGGCUCCCUGCCCUGUCACUGGGCUGGCCCUGCGGGGCUCAUGGAGCUGGCCCCCGGCUCCCUGCCCCGAGCCAGUCACACCUCCACACAUCUCCCCGGGGUGGGGUGCACCAGCCUGGCUAGCAGAAAGGGGCCACAGGGCGAGAGUGAAUCUGGGCCGGCCAACCUGUGCCAGAGCUACCCCAGGGAGAAGGAAAAUGCAGCCUGUGCUGGGGAGCCCGUCCCCAGGGGAAGGGGUCAGCGUGCCCAUCUGGGGCAGGCAUUCACCCCAGGGGAGCCAGAGGAAGGAGGGGCCAGCUCUGUUGAUGAUGGCUCAGAGCCCCCCCCGCCUUGGUGGGGGCAUUUUGCUCUCUGCCCCCAGGGAGAGGAGAAGCCCUUCCGGGAGGUUAUCUGGUGCCACUCGGGGGACCCCCACGCUGCAGGCCAAAGACCCAUCACCUUCCUACGCCAGGUGGCUGCCAUCUGUGCUUACCCAGAGCUGCUGCAUGCCGACUCCAUGCCACGGGACGCCAAGCAGCGAGCCAGCCGCAUCCUGCAGGAGCUGCACGGCUCCAGUGCCGGGGCGUAUAACAUGGAGUACAUCACCACUGCUGUCCCCCAGAGGGUGGCCCGCUACCUGGAGAGGAGAGACGGGGGCAUCCGCUGCGACCCCAGGAACAUCGUCACGUGCGGGGGCAUCACCACGGCCAUAGUGGACUUCCUCUCCCUGGUGGUCAAUGAGCAGGAGCCCAGCCGGGCGGGUGUGCUGCUGCCGGUGCCCGGGCACCCUCUCUUUGCGGACGCCGUAGCGCUGGCCGGUGCCGUCGGGGUGCCGUACCACCUGGACGAGGAGGGCGGCUGGGCCCUGGACGUUGGGGAGAUCAGGCGGGUGCUCGGCCAAGCCAGGGGGCACUGCACCCCCAAAGUGCUCUGUGUCAUCAACCCCGGGGACCCGACGGGCCAUGUGCUGAGCAGGAGGCACAUCCAGGAUGUUCUUCAGCUGGCCGCCCAGGAGAGGCUGCUUCUGCUGGCGGAUGAGGUUCAUCAGGACAGCGUGUUCACCCCAGACUCCCCUUUCCUCUCCUUUAAGCGGGUUCUGUGUGAGCUAGGCCCCGUGGUCUCCAGCGCGGUGCAGCUAAUCUCCUUCUACUCUGUCUCCAAGGGCUUCGCCGCAGAGGGCGGUUUCCGGGCCGGCUUCUUUGAGCUUGUGAACAUCGACCCAGCAAUCAUGAAAUGCUUCUGCUCCUGGGGAAUGUCCGUCUACCCCCUGAUCCUGGGCCAGGUCCUGCUGGAUGCCCUGAUGGAGCCGCCGCUGCCUGGGGAGCCCUCCUGCCAGACCUUCAUGGCAGAGAAGCAGGCAGUGCUGAGCAACCUGGCCCACAAAGCGCAGCUGACCCAGGAGAUCUUCAGCCAGGUGCCCGGGAUCCGCUCUAACCCCGUGCAGGGCGCCAUGUACUCCUUCCCCAGGAUCCAGAUCCCCGCCAGGGCCGUGCAGGAGGCCCAGGCCCUCGGUCUGGAGCCUGAUUUCUUCUUCUGUCAGAAGCUUCUGGAGGCGACGGGGAUCGUACUGGCCCCAGGGAGCACCUUCGGGCAGUGCCGGGGCACCCACCACGUCAGGUACCGCAGGGGUGACGCUGCUGCUCCCAGUGGAGACGCUGAAGAUUGUCUUACAAACCGUCGCAGACUUCCACUCCGAGUUCCUGCAGCGAUAUUCCUGAAGAGUGUGUGGGCGGGUGGGGGGUGUCUUUGCCCAAUGAAUAAAUGGAGUUAAUUACAUUAA